AUGAAAGCAGAAAAAGAUAAAAAAGACAAAGAACAUAAUAAAAAUAUGGGAGUAAACGAAAUAAUUAUUUUGGAUAUUGGAGGUACAAUGUUUCAAGAAAAAAAUAAAGAAUUUUUGAUAGGAAUAGAAUAG